AUUUCAGUACAGCUCGGCACGUCACAUUCGAUCCAGGGUUUCCCAAAUCCUCAAGACCAAAGCAAGGCUAUAGCCAUAUAGCCAUCAUGUUCAUGGACGAGAUCAACCAACUCCGGAGGAUGGGCUUCAGAGCCAUCCUCCUACAAGCCUUGAAUCUGGCUACCAUCAUCGCGGGCGGUUUGAUGGGAUGGAAAGCUUUGUGCCUCGCUACCAACUCGGAAUCCCCUAUCGUCGUCGUCCUCUCGUUAUCGAUGGAACCGGCCUUUGCUCGAGGAGAUAUCCUGUUCUUGACCAACUUUGCAAGCGAUUCGUACGAAAUCGGCGAUAUCCCCGUCUACAAGAUCCCCGGAGCCAACAUCCCCAUCGUCCACCGGAUCAUCCAAUCCCAUACAUCCACCGUCACCCACCCCAACGGGACGACCACGGAGACCCAAUUGAUGCUCACAAAGGGGGAUAACAACCCUACAGACGACCUCGGGCUGUAUCACAGUUAUAUGCGGGGGAUGAAGUGGUUGAAGCGGGACAUGGUCGUUGGGAAAGUCAGAGGGUUCUUACCACACGUCGGAUACGUCACCAUCGUCAUGAACGACUAUCCUCAACUGAAAUACGCCUUGUUAGGGACGCUCGGGGUGUUCCUGUUGUUCAACAAGGAGCAAUAGAUCCGGAUCAUCGGGAUGGAUUCAGAGUUAUGCAUGUCAUUCUAUCGAAGUUGAAUCGUUAUUUCGGUGCUCCCGAUGAUCGCCAAGAAUGGGCAUCAUAACGACGACGAGGCUACGGCCGUCGUUCAGCUCCUCCUCUCACCAUGCCCGUCCAUCUGUUGUUCUGCCAAGGUCUUUCCCGUCAUGUCAGCGAACUUAUUUUCGCGUUUCGAAAGCGGGCUCGGCUCGCAGCAUUCCUGCAACUCCGGAUACCAUCUAGUCGUUUACCUAUUACCCUCCAUCUACACCAUCUCGCCCGCUUCCCUCUUCAGGCUCCACUUCCGCCGGCCAUCUUCAGUUGUCCCCUACACCCACUGCCGUCAUCAUUUGGCGACCCCAACCGACAUAGUCUCA